UAUCGCGUUGUUUUGACACAGCUGAUCGUUCGCCUGCCUGUUAGACAAAAUAAAGCAGGCUCGGCUUGGGGGACGCACAGUUACUCCCUCAGGGAGUACUUGAGCUGUCGGGCUAAAAGCAGGAAGCGACUGCCGGGACGGGAAUCGGGGACCUUCUCAUCUCACUUCCCGUCAUGAAACUGCACUGUCGCGGCUAGCUAACGUUAGCAUCGUCCCGACUGAUAGGGACCGAUGGCCAAAGAAAUCCCCCAGGCGGUUAGCUUAAAUUUCAAUGUUGUUGUUUAUUAAAAGCCACCCUCGGUCACCAUGUCCUGCUCCGGGAACCUGGUCUGGGAUGUAAAUAAACGCCUCAUCGGAUACAGCGAGCCAAACAACAUUCGGACAAAUUAUUUAGGUAGGAGAGAGUUCGUUCAGAGACUGAAACUAGAGGCAACGCUGAACAUACACGAUGGCUGUGUCAACACGAUAUCAUGGAACGAUACGGGCGAAUACAUCUUGUCAGGUUCAGAUGACACCUUCCUGGCCAUUACCAACCCGUACAACAAAAAGGUCAAAAAGUCCAUCCGCUCUGGCCACCGGGCCAAUAUCUUCAGUGCAAAGUUCAUGCCUCACACCAACGACCAGGAGAUCAUCUCCUGCUCUGGGGAUGGAAUCCUCUACUAUACCCACACAGAAAAGAGUGCCGAGUUCAACAGACAGUGUCAGUUUAACUGCCAUUAUGGCACCGCCUAUGAGAUUAUGACAGUACCAAACGACCCUUACACCUUCCUGUCCUGUGGAGAGGAUGGCACUGUGCGAUGGUUCGACCUCCGCAUGAAAACCAGCUGCACGAAGGAGGACUGCAAAGACGACAUCCUGAUCAAUUGCCGCAGAGCGGCAACGUCCAUCUCAAUCUCGCCGCUGAUGCCCUACUACUUGGCGGUGGGCUGCUCGGACAGCUCUGUGCGCAUCUACGACAGACGGCUGCUCGGCACCAGGGCCACAGGCAACUACAUGGGCCGGGGGACGACGGGCAUGUGCGUGAGGUUCGUUCCCGCUCAUCUGUCCAAUAAGUCGUGUCGUGUGACGUCGCUGUGCUACAGCGAGGAUGGCCAGGAGGUGCUGGUCAGCUAUUCAUCCGACUACAUCUACCUGUUUGACCCCAAAGACGACCAAGCCCGAGAGCUGAAGGGCCCCUCGGAGGAGAGGAGGGAGGAGCUUAGGCAGCCGCCAGUGAAGCGCCUCCGUCUGCGAGGUGACUGGUCAGACACCGGACCCCGAGCUCGUCCCGAGAGCGAGAGGGAGCGGGAUGGGGAGCAGAGCCCCAACGUGUCCCUUAUGCAGAGGAUGUCGGACAUGUUGUCACGCUGGUUCGAAGAAGCCAGUGAGGCUCAGAGCAGUCGAGGAACUCGCCCUCAGUCGCGACCCCGAGCAAUGGCUGUUCACCAGAAUAUUCCCGCUGCCACUGAAAGGGUCGCCAACCGGGGGACCAGCGCCCCCGAGAGGCCAGCGGGAGCCGACUCUUCGGACGUACAAAGCAGUCCUGCUGCGGUGGCGCCCUCGCCUGUGUCCUCUUCCUCGUCUGCGUCAUCGCCAGCCGCUACCGUACCUUCUGCCUCUUCCAGCGCAUCAUCAGUUGAGAGGUCAGCACCUUCAUCCUCUGAGUCACGGAGACAGACCCCGACUGUAGGGACCACGGCAACGACCAUGUCGGAAACAGCACCCUCCGAGUAUGGCCCUCAUCGGCUGCCCAUAAGUUUAGUGUGUAGGCGUUUGCAGAGGUUACUUCGCCUGGCCGACCCCCCAGGGCAGGGGCGGCGAGCGACCCCUUCUUCUGCCUCCUCCUCCUCCUCUUCCUCUGCACUCCCUGAAAGACUGGACGCCACUGCUGCUCCUGAGAUGCAGCCCCAUACAGAUUCCCCUUCGUCGGUGGUAAACAAGCAGCUGGGAUCCAUGACUCUGGAUGAGCAGCAGGGUGGCGUAUCUGUUUCACAGUCGGACGACCCUCCUCUGCCAGCCAUCUGCAGCUCUCCCUCCACCUCCAACACCAGCCGAUCCGGCGCGGCGGAACCGGUGCUCAGUCUGCACUACAGCUCAGAAGGAACCACCGCCAGUACCAUCAAGCUGGACUUCACUGAUGAGUGGAGCAGCAGCGCAUCCAGCUCUCAGGGCAGGGGCGGUCCUAAAGCAUCUGACACAGGGCAGAGCCGACAGAGUGUGUCGACAGAGAACCCUGUGCUGGAACCCAACAAGUGUUUCGCGCGUGCCGCCGUGGAGCCAACGGAAGGCUCGUCUGAAGAGAGGAGUCCUGCUGAUCCGCCGGCGGAAACUUCGGGGGACUGCCGGAGACAAGAGCCCCCGGGGGAGGAUAGGCCAGAUGUGGUCUCGGUGGUGGAUGAGAACCGGAGCCAGCCCGCAAGGAGGAACCAGGACUCUGACGACAGCGAUGACGACCCCAUCCUUAUCCCGUCAGCCAGGUUUCGAGGACAGGGCCAAAGACUAAAUUCCAGAGGAUCCGCUGUAGGAGAUAGAAUGAUCAGAGCAGGAGUCACCGACAAGCUUGAGUUUCGCAGGAGGAAGGAGAGAAGAGAGAUGGAGGAGAGCGAGACGCAGAACAUCAGGAGGCCCUCGGUCAAAAUGGUGUACAAGGGCCACCGCAACUCUCGCACGAUGAUAAAGGAGUCCUGCUUCUGGGGCAACAAGUUCGUGAUGAGCGGCUCCGACUGCGGCCACAUCUUCAUCUGGGACCGGCACACCGCCGAGCACCUCAUGCUGUUGGAGGCAGACAACCACGUGGUCAACUGUCUACAGCCGCACCCCUACGACCCCAUUUUGGCCUCGUCCGGAAUAGACUACAACAUCAAGAUCUGGUCCCCGCUGGAGCAGUCGCCAUCUUUCAACAGGGUUCUUGCUGACGAGGUGAUAACAAGGAAUGAGCUGAUGCUGGAGGAGACGAGGAACACAAUCACAGUGCCUGCUUCCUUCAUGCUGCGAAUGCUGGCGUCCCUCAAUCACAUCCGAUCAGAUCGUCUCGAAGGCGAACGCUCUGAAGGUUCAGGCCAAGAAAACGAGGACGAGCCGUAGGCGGGAGAAUUUUUUUUUUUUUUUUUUUUUUUUUUUUGCUGGAGAGCACUUCUUUGUACAAGUGUAGAAUACUACCUUUUGAAGCCCCACUUCCCACCACUUUUUUUUUUUUUUUUAAAGAGACUUUCUUACCAAUGUUUAUGUAAAAGGGUGAACUACGUGUGCUUGAAUGCAAAGGUGUCCUGAUACAUCAGCUGUGAGAGGUGGGUGGUGUGUGAGAUUAAGUGCAAUAUUCUUAUGUCAGAAGAGAGCAUCAUUGGUUUUCAGUGUUAACUUGGACUUGGAGCGAUGUAAACGAGGGGUACUUGCUUUGGCUUUUGUUGGAGAGAGGAGAACAAAAAAUAUUAUGGCUUAUGUCGAUAAAAUCUUUUACAAAUUUGGAGGGAAAAAAAAUAAUAAAGCUACAAGGCAUCUGAAAGAUGUCCGCGUGAAAAA